GGGAUCUGAGAACCUUCCAGUGCAAUCUUCUCAUUUGACAGAGGAGGCCUGAGGACUUGAGGCUGGGCACUCCCCGAGGCCCUUUGAGCGGACCUUCCAGGUUACCCCAGGUGCUGUGAGGAAACAUGGCACCACAGGGCAACAGGGCUGGCUCGGCGCCCCUACGGAGGGAGGCCUGUGUGAUGGCGCCCUGCCCUCAGCCCCCAGCCGGCCUGAGACAGGCCCGGAACAGGAAGUGCUCAGAACCUUUCCUGAUGUUGCCAUGGUGCACACAAUCGGGGAAACCAACGGCAAGCUCCCCUGCCAAAGCACCUUGGCCCCUAAGAAGAAAAGGCUGAGCCCCAGAUGUCAUGAGCACUUUCAGGAUUCAGAGUCAGAAGGUGAGCAGGCCGCAGCGACCCUGUAAUUCGGAGACGAAUGCAACGAGAGUGCCUCUGUUCCACAAGCUUCUGUAAACGCAUCCGUGGCUGCAAGGGGGCUUCAGAGACGUGUUUCUUCCCCCCGCCCCCUUCUCCUGGGUGUAGUCACCACUACGGUUCGUGAAAAUGCUGCAUCCCCACAGAGCUCGGCUGGAACGCCGGAUGGUUGGCUCCACCAACCGGUGGCGUUUUCCCAGAGAGCCUUUCUCCGGGGACCUCUUGGGACUUUCCCAGAUGUGCAAAGCUUUGAACGUGGACUUUGAAGAAGCUCUAAAGAACCCAGACAGGUUAUGCGUUUCACAAAUCCAGAAGAUUCUCUUGGGGAACUUGAAGAAAAAGACCAUCCGAAGUGGGGAGGCAGACGUGAUUCUCACUUGUCUGGGCUCCAAAUGGGAACUCCACCAGCCCCAGCUUUUCCAGUCUGAGACCUUGGCCAAGCUCUACCUGAUGGCACUGGCCCAGAGCACCACCAGCCCCACAAAGGAACUGGAGAGGCUUCUGCGAGCUCAGUUGCCUGGGAAGGUCAAGGAAAGACCCCCCAUAAAGAAGAUGAUCAUUUCCUUGAAGAUCAAUGACCCCCUGGUCACUAAAGUUGCCUUCGCCAAGGCCCUGAAGAACCUCUACUUGGGCGAGGUGGAAAUGAACAUGGAUGAUGUGCUGGGCGUGCUGGCUUCCGCACACAUUCUCCAGCUCCGCAGCCUGUUUCAAAGGUGCGUGGCCAUGAUGGUGAAUGGACUCACACCAAGCACCAUCAAGGACUUCUACCUGGCUGGCUGCAAGUACAAGGAAGAGCAGCUCACCACUGCCUGUGAGAAGUGGCUGGAAAUGAACUUGGUCCCCCUAGUGGGGACACAGAUCCACCUCCGGACAAUCCCGCAGGAGCUGCUUCAAAAGGUGCUGCGGUCCCCCAGGUUGUUCACUUUUAAUGAGUAUCAUCUUCUGAAAACACUACUUUUGUGGGUCUUCUUGCGACUGAACUACAGAAUUCAGACGGUUCCGGUGCAUGAAACGGUGGUGGCAUUUUUUAACAGCUUCCCCAAGAAGUAUCCCUUUCUGGAUCAGGACACGGGACAGAGCUUGGUGCCUCUCUUCCUUUGCCUGCGUCUGCACGGCAUCAUCAAAGGCAAAACUCUGGAGGAGUUAAGGCACGUUAAUUUCUUCCCGGAGUCCUGGCUGAUGCGGGUUACGGCCAACCAUUACCACGCACUGGAGAGUGGGGGCGACAUGGCCCACGUGAAAGAUCUAACCACCCAGGCUAUGAGAUUCGGGCUGCUCUUUAAACAGGAGUAUACAACUCAUUCAGAAAUUAUUGCCGUAUAUGGAUUCUUCUUUGAGAUAAAGGGAAUCAAACAUGAUACUACGUCUUAUAGUUUUUACAUGCAGAGAGUAAGGCACACCAACCUGGGGUUCCCGUCCUCGCUCUGUGAGCACGGCCCCGUCAGCCUGAGAGCGGAGCGCUUGGUGAAGUACGAGAUCAGAGCCCAGACCCUGGUGGACGGCAAGUGGCAGGAGUUCAGGACCAACCAGAUCACCCAGAAGUUUGGCUUCGUCAAGCCAUCCUGCAAAAGCCAUGCCCUGAAAGUCCAAACCGUGGGCAUCCCAAUCUAUGCAAGUUUUUCAUUCAUCUUCCCAAUAUCUUGACAAUUUCCAGAAGAAUCUAUGGGAUUUUUCUUUAUUCCACCAGUCUACAUUAAAGAAAAUAAAAUGACA